AUGAAAUAAUUUGCCUUAUUGUUUCUUGCUUUUGUUGCUAUUAAUACUGUUAAUGCCUACAUAAGUCAAGAUUAAAUAAACUAGUUUAAUAAUUGCACAGAUAACAUAAAAGUCACUUGCACUUCCGAGAAUAUUGUUCCUUGCAGAAAUUCAAAGAUUGAUAUUGAUACUUGCUUAAAAAGUUGUAUUGGAGAUUUAAAAUCAUAAACUAUGGGUGGAGUGAAAAUUUGUUUUGAUCAAUCAUGUUUACCCAUCGCUAAAAAUAGCACAAUCGUUAGUAUCUAAUAAUAUGGAAGUUAACUUGACAUUUGUUUGAGCUCUGGAAUUAUUUCAUUCGCUUUCAUUCUCUUGGCUGUCAUAGUUUCAGUUUUGUUUGUACAACAUUGA